AUGGCACUUCACCAGAGAACACACACAGGAGAGAAGUCUUACUCCUGCUCUGACUGUGGGAAGGGUUUCUCUCAGCAGGGAAGCUUGAAAUCACACCAAAGGAUACACACAGGAGAGAAGCCUUACUCCUGCUCUGACUGUGGGAAGGGUUUCUCUCGACUGGACACCUUAAAACAACAUGAACGUAUACAUACAGGAGAGAAGCCAUACUCCUGCUCUGACUGUGGGAAGGGUUUCUCUCGACUGGACACCUUAAAACAACAUGAACGUAUACAUACAGGAGAGAAGCCAUACUCCUGCUCUGACUGUGGGAAGGGUUUCUCUCAGCAGGAAAGCUUGAAAUCACACCAAAGGAUACACACAGGAGAGAAGCCUUACUCCUGCUCUGACUGUGUAAAAUGCUUCACAACAUCAACUAACCUAAGACUUCAUCAGAGAACACACACAGGAGAGAAGAUACACACAGGAGAGAAGCCUUACUCCUGCUCUGACUGUGGGAAGGGUUUCUCUCGACUGGACACCUUAAAACAACAUGAACGUAUACACACAGGAGAGAAGCCUUACUCCUGCUCUGACUGUGUAAAAUGCUUCACAACAUCAACUAACCUAAGACUUCAUCAGAGAACACACACGGGAGAGAAGUCUUACUCCUGCUCUGACUGUGGGAAGGGUUUCUCUCAGCAGGGAAGCUUGAAAUCACACCAAAGGAUACACACAGGAGAGAAGCCUUACUCCUGCUCUGACUGUGGGAAGGGUUUCUCUCGACUGGACACCUUAAAACAACAUGAACGUAUACAUACAGGAGAGAAGCCUUAUUCCUGCUCUGACUGUGGGAAGGGUUUCUCUCGACUGGACACCUUAAAACAACAUGAACGUAUACAUACAGGAGAGAAGCCAUACUCCUGCUCUGACUGUGGGAAGGGUUUCUCUCAGCAGGAAAGCUUGAAAUCACACCAAAGGAUACACACAGGAGAGAAGCCUUACUCCUGCUCUGACUGUGGGUCAAGUUUCUCUCGACUGGGCACCUUAAAACAACAUGAACGUAUACAUACAGGAGAUAAGCCAUACUCCUGCUCUGACUGUGGGAAGGGUUUCUCUCGGCAGGAAAGCUUGAAAUCACACCAACGGAUACACACAGGAGAGAAGCCAUACUCCUGCUCUGACUGUGGGAAAUACUUCACAACAUCAACUGAGCUAAAAGUUCAUCAGAGAACACACACAGGAGAGAAGCCUUACUCCUGCUCUGAAUGUGGGAAGAGUUUCCCUCAACUGGGCCACUUAAAAAAACAUGAACGUAUACAUACAGGAGAGAAGCCUUACUCCUGCUCUGACUGUGUAAAAUGCUUCACGACAUCAACUGAGCUAAGACUUCAUCAGAGAACACACACAGGAGAGAAGCCUUACUCCUGCUCUGACUGUGGGAAGAGUUUCUCUCGACUGGGCCCUUUUAAAAUACAUGAACGUAUACAUACAGGAGAGAAGCCAUACUCCUGCUCUCACUGUGGGAAGGGUUUCUCACAACUGGACAACUUAAAACGACAUGAACAUAUACACACAGGAGAGAAGCCUUACUCCUGUUCUGACUGUGGGAAGAGUUUCUCUCGACUGGGUCCCUUAAAAAUACAUGAACAUAUACACACAGGAGAGAAGCUUUACUCCUGUUCUCACUGUGUAAAAUGCUUCACAACAUCAACUAAGCUAAGACUUCAUCAAGAACACACAGGAGAGAAGCCUUACUCCUGCUCUGACUGUGUAAAAUGCUUCACAACAUCAACUGAGCUAAGACUUCAUCAGAGA